AUGAAUGAAGUCGGGUACGCCAGCGACACUGACCAGCCGUGCCAGCAUUGCCAUGAGAAGACGAAGUUCCGUAUUGGAUUGGUUCACAUUGGAUGGUCGGAGCCAAACUGUUCUGGAACAAAUUAGGAGAAGGAGCCCACAAAGUAAACACGUCUGUGUAGGAAGCACGAAAGAAUCGUUCAGGCCGAGAGAGGAAAAGAUGCGUGUUUGUUCCUCUGUGAGGUGGAAGUUGGUGAAGUUCACGUGGUGACGGAAGAGCAAUCAUGGCCGCUAGUCAGUCAAGCCUUCUCCAGGUGUGACUCGAUAAAAGGCAAGUGUUUUCAAUACUUGUCAACAGGGAAAUGAUAUUCUUCGUAAGCGCGGGAAAAUACGUGCCCGAUCCCACGUGUUCGAAACAACUAAAUAAAGUGGAAGUUACAUACGGUGUAUUGAAAGAGACCACUGAAGAAUUCAAAGGACUGUUGUACAAUGAGUGAGCUUUGUUGAAUUUCUAGUCUAAAAUUCUUAAACUAUCGCUUUCAGGUACAUUGUAUACGAUGACGAACUUGUCGCAUUGAAAUACCUGCUGAGAGUGAAAACUCGAGAUGUCAACUUUGUUUUAUCUUUAUUCACUGUCAAAUUUUCUGCUUUCCAGUCCAUUUUUUGUAAUUCAAGUUCAAUUUAUCUGUGUGCAUGGAUAUGUUUCAAAAUUUUAUGUUGAAUGGGACGCACGAGACUUUAGCCCGAGUGAAUGUUUUGAAUUUUAGCGCUAAGAUCACGAGUCGUCGAGUCUUUUCGAAAUUUCUCUUAUCUCUGCCACAAAACGCAAGCCAAUCGCAAUUAGCAAUGAAAAGAGCAUAGUCACUAUCAUCCAGCGUCAGUUGCCCUAGUAACCAUCUCAUUUCUCAUCAGUUUUCGAGAUAUUGAGAGGGUUAGAUCAGAAUUCUUGUUAAGACUUCAAUUCUCACUUUAAAAAAGUAUAAAACUGUAUCUCUUAUAUCCAUUUCAUCAUGAGUAGACACAUCUCUUCGCAGUUUCUUUUUCGUAUUUCCAACGCAAAAUAAAACAUUUUCUCUGUUCUGUCUUUCGAUAAUCUUAACAGAUGUUGUGUUAUUUCACAUCGUUUUUAUCUCUUCUAAAACUUUCACAUCUAUCUUAUUAUCGCUUCAUUUCAUUUAGACGUCGACAUGCAGAUAGCUCGUAAAACGUACUUGCAAAAUGGAGAGCUUCGUGUGCCUUUUAGGGUAGAAUACACGAGUUCUUCGCUACAAACAUCGGAGAAUCAGCAAUUCACCGUUGUCGAUCCAGCUGAACUGUGUGCGGAAUGCGGAUUCUCCACCUACCUCCGCAUCGGCAUAUUCCUUUCUCUGAUGGGAAAGGAUAUCGCCUGGUACCAUCCCGAUUGUUUCUGGAAAAAAAUGGCGAGCGGAUUCAAUAAGAUUAAUGCUGAUUUGAUUUUGGGCAUCGACACUAUCGAGUGGUCCGCUCAGGUUAGCUGAAUACGAGCAUUUGAACGACAAAUUGACUUUGUUUCAGCAAACUCUACUGGCACACAUGAAUGAGUACAACAACAACCGACGACUGGCUUUAACUGCCGCUAAUCGACAGGUAAAUAAUUAAAAUGAUUAGAUUCUUAUUGCUCGCUUUCGACUCCGCGACGUUUCUCACCAGAGUCAUUCUUUACCAGUGACGUUUCAUCAUACUACGUCAUUUCAUUCCAAGUCGUUUCAUUCCCAAAAAUUUUUUUUUUAAGUUGGAACAUACGCUGGUACAAAUCGUGGUAUGAAAUGUCUUAAAAAGAAAGCGACAUGAUAUGAAUGAUCACUUUGGUGGAAAAUGGCGCGGUGUCUCGUUUUCUUAUCGAGUGGGAUGACUUGCCAAUUAGUUCAUAGUCACAGUAAAUAAUCUCUGACUUUUCCUCAGAAUGGAUCUUUGAAACGAACAAGAGCUCAUGACAUGACCUGUGCCACUAUCGAAAGGGGCAACUUCAUCGCGACUGCUUUUGAUCGGAAUAUGAUGGUAAGGCGAUCAAUGACUGUUUGAAAUGAAACCAAUGUGUAUUUUUUUAGACUCAGAUGAACAUAAUCAUGUAUCUUCUUGUGAAGUUCUCAAAAUGUCCUGAACAAACAAUCGAAGAAAUUUUGGCAUUUAACGGACAGAAGGCUCAAAAGGAACCAAUGGAAGUAAAAACUGAAGACAAAACAACUUUUAGUUAUAACUAUGCUUCAUUUCCAGAAAGUAAACCAGCUAGUCGACAUUGCGACUUUCGGAGCCCCCAAUCCGUGUCCAAUAUGUGGCGGAUCAGUCAGUUUCAAAGUUGCCCGUCGCAGUAAUACCUGCGAUGGCUACAUCUCGGAGUUCACGAAAUGUAGCCAUUCAAGUAAACACCCAAACAGACGCAAGUACACGGUCCCUCCUCACUUAGAAAUGUACGCCUUCGAUUCUCCCGAGUAUCAGGUAUUAGGAAUCGAGUUCUGAAAUAAAAUAAGAUAAAAUUUUCCAGAAACGUCGUUACUAUCCAGAAGACAUUCAAGAAUGCGAUCGUGUCGAAGAGAGUCACAGAAACUAUAUGAUUAUGGCCCCGGAAAUUGAGGAGAUGGGAGAGGAUUAUGAAGAAGUGAUGAACAGUUCGUUUCUUUGCAGCGAUAGACACAAAUAAAAUUGAUCAAUUGCAGCCAAAGAUCCGAAAAAGAGUGUAGACUACGUAAUGGUCGGAUUAACCGCGGUCCCCGAAAGCUUCCCGCUGGCAGAGAAACAUCGGAUUGCUGAAGAUGAAAAAAAGGAUCGUUAUGAAGCUAUCCUCACUUAUGUUGAAAUCCAAGAAAACAGAAAUACAUGUGUUCAGAUAUAUGUGAUUAAGCACGUGGUUGAAGACUGUUUCUAUUUCUACAAAAUCACAUCGAGAACCGGAACUGAAUUGAGGAAGUGUGAAUCGACACAAUACAAGGACCAAAUUGGAGCAGUCGCUGAGUUUGAAAAGGAGUUCAAACGUUACACCGAAAACGAAUGGACAAAGCGAUUAGAUUUCAAAAAGAUUGCCGGAUAUUAUUUCUACGUCUCUACCAAGAAAUCGCAUCUUGUGAGUGAACCACUUGAAACUUUUCUCGUCGUCAACUGAACUCACUUUCAGAUGUAUCCUUAUUUCCGAACACUUCGCGAAGAAAUCGCUUUGAGAGAAAUCGCGCCUCAAUUUAUGCAAGGCUUGAGACAAUUUUCGGCAGUCAAUCCUGUACUCGGAACAAUUGCUGACGAUCUGAAGAAAUAUAUCAUAGAAAUAAUCAAAUCACUGGUGAGCGAGACCAGGGACAUCGCGCCCACUGAAAUGAACUACAUUGAUGCGACAAAUCGGAUUUAUUCGAUUUAUCCAAUAUGCACUGGUUUUGAGAGCCACAAAGUGUUGCGAACGCGGGCCGAUUUUCGGAAAGUCCUGAAUGAUAUGAAUCGGCCUCAGAAUUUGGAUUGGUUUCCGAUUCUCGAUCAUGCCGAUAAUUUCUGCCAUGACAUGAAAGCAGAGUUAAAGGUCAGUUCAAUUAUGGGAUAGAUGAAAAUGAAAGAAUCAUUCAGGAGGUUAAACGGAAAACGGAAGUAUGGAAUGUCAUUGAAGCGUACUUCAUGAGCACACAAGUUGAAUAUCAUGGUUGCGAGGCGAAAUUGGUCGAUGUGAGUUCAUUGAAUUAUGAACAAAAAUGCAAAAAAGAAAUUGUUUUAGAUAUUUGAAAUCAAACACUCUGGCGGCGAGCAGAAGCAGACAUUCCCCGGAAAGCCGAUGCUCUUGUGGCACGGGACGAUGAAGGACAACCUCUCGCAAAUCAUAAAAAAUGGUCUGACUUGUCAAACACCGGCACACGUUCGCCCCAACGGAAAGAUGUUCGGACGCGGUCUCUAUUUCGCCGAUUGCUUUACUAAGAGCUUUAACUACUCAAAGGUUCGUUGCCGUUCCUAUUUUCCGAUCGUCAACAGUCUGAAAUGUUGCAGCAAAGCAGUCUGCUUCAUAAAUACGUGCUCCUGUGUGAAGUACAUCUCGGAAACAUCCAUGAGUCCAAUAUGGCUCUCAGCGACGCAAGUGUCGAAAAAGCUCUUACCGACAACGGAUGCAAUUCCGUUAAAGGUGACUUGGCAAAAUUUGAACACAAAAACUAAAAAUGACAGUUUACAGGAGUGGGAUUCUACGUCAAAAACCCGGAACACUUUCGUGAUCUGAAUGGGACAGUUGUACCUCUGGGACCUUUGCAAUUGGAAUUCACAGUGUUGAAGCAACUAUGGUACAAUGAGUAAGUUGUUCACUGUGUUUGCCAUGUGCAUAAUCUGGACCAAACUUGCAGAUAUAUUAUAUACGACGACAAAAGAGUGACUCUGAAAUACCUCGUCAGAGUGCAUCUUCCUCGCACACCUCAAUGA